AGUCCAACGUUCAGUUUCCUCAUUGAGAGUUAGUAAUGCUGUUUAAGCUCAGCGAGGAGCCCGGGAGACAACGCUUCACCGACAACUUGCUUUACUUUGGGCUUCACUCUUUUCUGCUCCCCGAUGACUUCUUCUAUCUCCGCCUGGAUUUGGAGUGAGACUUUCUGGCUUCCUGAAAAUGUUUCGUGGGCAGACCUGGAGCAGCCAGCAGCUGGAGUGGAGUACCCCAGACUGCAGCAUAUGCUCUGCCAUGCCUUCCCUCUGGCUGCGGGGGUUUUACUACUCAGGAUGCUUUUCGAGAGGCUAGUGGCCAAACCCUGUGCCCACAUACUUCAGAUUCAGGCAGGAGUGCCCCGACGAGCUCAGCCUAACGCCGUCCUGGAGAGGCUCUAUCAGUCCAACACGUGCCCAGAUGCGAGACAAAUGGAGGGACUCUCCAAGCAGCUGGACUGGGAGGAACGGAAAAUUCAGAGAUGGUUUCGUGUCCGCCGGAACCAGGACAGGCCCAGCAUGCAGAAGAAGUUUUGUGAAAGCAUGUGGAGAUUCACCUUUUACCUGGUGAUUUUUAUCUAUGCCAUUAGCCAUUUGUGGACGUCACCUUGGAUGUGGGAUACUAGACACUGUUGGUACAACUACCCUUUUCAGCCUUUAAGUCCAGGACAAUACAACUACUAUGUUGCCGAGCUGGCUUUCUAUUGGUCUCUGAUGGUGUCCCAGUUCACAGAUAUUAAACGAAAGGAUUUCAUGAUCAUGCUUGUCCACCACCUGGCCACCAUAUUCCUCAUCACAAUCUCCUAUGGCAACAACAUGCUCAGAGCUGGUACUUUGGUCAUGUGUGUGCACGAUGCGUCAGACAUCUUCCUCGAGGCAGCCAAGUUGGCCAACUAUGCCAAAUACCAGAGGCUAUGUGACACCAUGUUUGUGGUGUUCAGCAUUAGCUUUUUCAUCGCACGGCUCGUCAUCUAUCCUUUCUGGAUUGUUCACAGCGUGCUGUUUGAGAGCUGGGAGAUUAUUGGGCCGUAUCGGGCCUGGUGGCUGUUGAACGGGCUUCUGCUGGUCCUGCAGGUUCUUCACAUCAUCUGGUUCUACACCAUCACCCGCAUUGCUGUCAAAGCUAUCUUCAAGGGAAAGGUAUCAAAAGACGAUCGCAGCGACAUAGAGAGCAGCACGGACGAGGACAUUUCCUCCAACGGCAGUAAAAACUGUUGUCCACCCUCCAAACUGAAGGACAGCAGCCAUACCGGUGUUCUUAACGGAGAAACUCAUGACCACUGAGAGAAGAUCCUUUAUUCCAAAUGCUGUCCUUUACUUCAUGUGAGACCGACUCUGUGCCUUAUCACAGUGAACCUCGAUUUAUUUUUCCAAAGAUGAUGCAAAGAUGUUAAACUCAAUGGUUGGUGCACGGCCUUGGGACCCUGAAAUGUUUACAUCUGCUGUUUUUCUCACAAAGUACACAAACACAUGAGAAUUUCAGCAACUGAAGAACUGCUUACAAUGCUUUAUGCAUGUAAAUAGAUUUUCUUAUCGACAAUGGUUUAUGUAUUUGAUUGCUGUGAAACAAAUCACUGCUUCCAUCGUAUUUGUUGUAUUAUAGUUAAAUAUGCUUGUGUGCUUUUGAUUUCAAACAUCCCAAAGGUUUCUCAAUUUGAAACAAAAAAAUGCAAUAAAUCCAGUGAUUCUGAUA